AUGCUACGGCCCUUGCUGAGGGCCAAAACAACGCGUUUCCCCGUCGCGUCCCGGCGACUGUCGUUCGCAUACCCGUCUCCGCAGGCUGGCCUGCUGCCGAGGACCCGAUUAUGUCAGCCUCGGUUGGCCCGCGCUCUGAGUGGCCAGUCGGGCCCUCCUGCUCCUGGCAACGAGGCGCCCAAUCCCGUCGACGAUGCGGCUGAGCGCCUGGAGGAAGAGGAAGAGGAAGAAGAAAAAGACAGCAAGCGCGAAGCCAAAAAGAGUGCAUGGCGAGGCACCGCCUGGAAAAUGUUCGAGGCCGCUGCCACAACCGGAGCGAGCAUCUUCAUCCUGGGCUGCGUGGGCAUUGGAUAUACCAAGUACUACAAGUGGAAUGUCCUCGAAAAGAUGGAGAAUGCCUUUCGCCCUGGCGAUCCCGUGCUGGAGCUUGCAGCAAGCGGCAAGGAAAUGCCCAAAGCCGGAGAGCCCACCCGGCUUCAAGCCACCAAAGACAGCGUCGAUGGUGAUGAUGAACACUAUGAUCGGUGGAUCCCACGUGAUGAGCAGGAGAAGAUUGACAAAAUCGUCUGGGGUGAAACCAAGGGGCGCUACCAUCUGCUGAUUGGGGAAAAGGGAACGGGCAAGACGUCUAUGCUGAUCGACGCCAUGGAUAAAAUCCAUGGCGAAGGAUGCUCCAUGAUGGAAGCCCAUGCUGACCUCGAGGUCUUCCGUGUCCGCCUAGGCCGAUGCCUUGAUUUUGAAUACCACGAGGACAAUAUCGGGUCACUCUUCUCUAUUCGUGGACCACGUGAUGCCGGCCCCAUUCUCGACAUUGAGCGCGCCUUCAACAAGCUGGAAAAGGUGGCCCUGAAGCGCCGCGCGACAGUUGGCCGGCCACUGAUUCUGAUCAUCAACUCGGCCCAUCUGAUCAGGGAUGACGAGGAUGGCAGGGAUCUCCUUGAGCUAAUCCAACAACGUGCUGAGCAAUGGGCCGCCUCCAAUCUUGCAACUGUCAUUAUCAACUCGGACAAGUACUGGGUCUUUGAGCGGCUCAAGCAAUAUGCCACGCGCAUGGAGGUACACCAAAUCAAAGACCUCUCCAAAGACCGCGCUAUGCAAGCUCUGAGAAACUACCGUAUGAAGUACUAUGGUGAGAGGGUAAAGGAAUCCAUCCUCGAGGAGGUCUACGACAAGAUAGGCGGCCGUCUCACCUUUCUCAACCGUGUCGCGAAAUCCGAGAACAUGAUUGCCAAAUGCGACCACAUUUGUGAAAUGGAAAGGAUUUGGUUCUUGAACAACUGUGCCAUUCUCGGCGCGGAAAUGGACGACGAUGUCAUGGAUCAACAAAAGUAUGCGUCUACUGCCAUGGUCUUAGCCUAUGCUCUCUACAAGGGCUGGAAAGAGAUGGACACCAACUACGAUCCCAAAGAAGGUCAUAUUCUCCCUUGUAUACCGCUGCACCGGGCACGCUACAUUAUGACUCGCUCCGAUUUUAUUCGCCAACAUCAUGAUCUAUCCAUCUUCUCCAUCGACUCGCAUGCCGUUGUUCGCGCCGACUCGGUUCCCAUGCAGCGUGCUUUCAACGAGAUUUGCUCGGAACCCGGAUUUGAAAAGUUCCUAGAAGCAACGCUGGAUCGCAUCGGAGAUAUCGAGUCGCUCGGUCGUACCAAGGAAAUCACCUUCAAGGAUCUUUGGGAUGGUGGCAAGUACAAGAUUACCACCAAGAACAAGAAGGGCGAGGUGCAGGGCGAGGUGGAAAUGGAGACUGUGCCAGCCAAGUCUGAUGAUGAUGAUGAUGAUGAUGGCGACGACACGGACGAGAAAUGA